AUUUUCAAGCCCUACUCCACGUGGGGGCCAGAAAUCUCUUUCAAGCUUCAAAUUGUGAAGGGUUCCUGGGUGAGCAGAGGGUCUCGGUCCCCCUCUCCGGGGGCUCUUGGAUGGGACCUUGCUCUGGAAGAAGCCAUGGACCUCUGGCUUUGGUCACUUUACUUCCUGCCGGUAUCUGGGGCUCUGAAGGUCAUUCCAGAAGUCAAGCUGGACGGACUGCUGGGAGGAUCUGUUAUCAUCGAGUGCCCGCUUCCUGAAAGGGAUGUGAGGCUCUAUCUGUGCCGGAAGGCAGCCCAGUCUGGAAUAUGCAGCACCGUGGUGUCCAACAGGAACUUCGUCAGUGAGGAAUACAAACACAGAGUCACUCUGGAGCUGUGUCCAGACAGGCACCUGUUCCUGGUAGAGGUGACAGAGCUGACCAGGAGCGACAGCGGAGUCUACGCCUGUGGGGUGGGCAUGAACACAGACCGAGGCAAGACCCAGCAGGUCACCCUGAUUGUUCACAGUGAUUACGAGUCAUUCUGGGAAGAAGAGCCAGUACCUGAGCCUCCAGCAUGGUUUAAUAGAUUACUACAAUUGCACAUGCUUCCCUGGUUCCAGAUGCCUGCACAUGCCAGCCCUUUACAGUUCAUAUCCAAAGCAACCACAACAGCUCAAAGGACGGAGGCCCCUCCAGCACACCAUUCCUCCCCCACCAUCUCAAUCACCCACCGCCCUCGAGUUUCCAGGGUAUCUUCAAUAGCAACUCCUGAGCCCACAACCCUCCUGCCAUCCACCAAAACCCCAAAAAUCUCAGCCCGGGAGGAACUGCUCAGGCCCCAGACAGCCAGCUACAACCACCAAACCCGGCUUCACAGGCAGAGAGCCUUCAACCACAGCCCAGGACGGAUGUCUGCGAUGGAAGACCAAGGAUUCCACAUCCUGAUCCCCACCAUCCUGAGUCUCAUCCUGCUGGCACUUAUGGGACUGUUGGCAAAAAGGGUCAUUCAAAGGAGGAGAGCUCUCUCCAGGCGGGUCCGCCGACUGGCCGUGAGGAUGCGCGCCCUGGAGGCCUCCCAGAGGCCCGUGUCGCAGCGGCCCCGCGUGUCGCAGAGGCCGCGCACCCAAAACAACAUCUACAGCGCCUGCCCUCGGCGCCCUUCGGGGGGACGACGCUGCUGUACGAAAUGUAAUAGCUCCUUUCAAUGCUUCUUUGGUUGUCCCCAGGUGUCUGAAACUCCCUGGCUCCAUGCCCCAUCUCUGAAUGUCAGCUGUGAAUACGUGAGCUUCUACCACCAGCCUGCUGCCAAGAUGGAGGACUCUGAUUCCAAUGACUACAUCAACAUACCCUGCCUGACUCAACUCUCCAGCCGUCCCCCGGGGCCCAGACCUGGGUGCCAAUGAGUCUGGUCUGCCUGCUGGUUUCCGACACCUGCUCCGUCUGUUUUUGGAACCCUCCCCCGCCACGCCACCUGGAGUCUCAUCCCUGUCCAUUAGCUCUGAGAUAACUUAGCACCCUCAACUCCAUCCCGCACUCUUCUUGAACACUUUUGAAUCCCUCUUCCACUUUCCAGUGGGCUCUGGGGAUGCAGAACUUCUGUCCCAAUGCCACCUGCUUCCUUUCCAAGCCAUGCGACAGGCACUAGGAUUUGCAGAGUGUCUUUGAUUACAGGGUCUUUGCCGCUCUGGCUCUAGACCACAUGACAUUAGGCUGGAGUGCAGAUCUCACUUCUGUUACUUCAGAAGCUUUUCUCAGGCAUGGGCUUCACACCGAUGGAAGACGCCUGGAAUGCUUUGUGACAACGUGCGUCAGCCCUAAGCUAGGAAGGGGCCCUUGGUAUGAAAUGCCCCAGACAACAUCUUUGCCCUGAUCUUAGGGCUAGCACUUACUAGUGAGUUUCUAUUCAUCUGGAGUCCUAUGGUGCGGACAAUUUAUUUUGAUAUGAUGAAGGGUUGUAAAUUUUCAGAACCAUGCUUGUUUUCAUGAUAUAUGUAUACGUCCUGUUCACUCUGAGUCUUCCUCCCUUGAUGUACAUAGGUACCCCCACUCCAGCGUUUUCCCUUUUUUGGAAAUAGAAUCAUUUUUGUCAUCUAUUUAUCCUUCUUCCAGAGCCGAGCACUGACAUUUGUGCCCUUCUCUUAACCUUGGUCUAUUUUAGCUACCCAAAACCGUUACACCUCUCUGCUUUCAGAAAUUCACCUCACCUCUUUGCCAGUCCAGGUGGCAGAGGAGGAGGAGGAGAGGAAGGUGACCUGGGAUUCCCGGAGGGCCAGGUGCUCUGCGAUAGCAUUCACAUCACGGGAGAAUAGACAUCCCACCUCCUGCGCAUACUCAUUCUGGUAAAUGCACUGAACAAAGGCAUAGGUAGGCAGACAUUAUGUCUUUGGAUGGAAGUCAACUAUAAAGUUCGGCCAGAGCCUGAGACUAGAGAAUGCCCAGUUUUGCUUUCAGGAAGAAGGUCUUUCCCAGACACACAACUCAGCCUCACCGGACACGUGUCCAGUAAUAGAAAGAACAGGCUCCCCAACACGAGGUCCCUGCCUUUUAUUAGCAGGGAAUGUCACCGCAGAUGGGACAAUGCAUCCAGGGACAAUGACACCAUCCGCACUGUCAGCUUGACACUGGCCCCUGCCCAGGUAGCAGAUAAGGAAGAGUGAAUGGGAUGAAAAGGAGCGCACCGAAGGGCCGGGGAAGGCGGGCGUCGGGGGCAGUGCAGGCAAGGAGCGCAGUGCUCGGGAGAGCCUGCUUUGUGCCGGGCAUGCCUCUACAUUGUCUUUUAUCAUGUACAUUUCAAACCAGCGCCCCUCACCCGAAUGCUCUGUUCCUGCAGAUGUCAUGGUAAUAUGAUGUCCUGAAGUUCAAUUUCAUAUCCCAACAUUUCUCAUUGUUCCUCAACAAUUCGAAGACAAGUUUUUGGGGUUUUUAAAAUCCAGUUUAUUAAGCAUUUAAGGAGCAUCCAUCACUGCCCCACAUGGUGGCAAGGGUUGUGAAGGGUAAGAGAGAAGCAUGGGGCGCUGUCCUUGCUGCCUUCACAGAACUUUCAGUCUGAUAAAUAAAUAUGGCAUCAGUUAAAACACUGAUAGGAGUUAAAUAGAGUUGUAAUAAAUACAGGAAUCUGCUUUGUGGAAUAUUUACAGCGUCUGAGGGAACCUCCUGUAACUUAAAGGAUGAAGUCUUUGAGGAUAAGCCUGGGUCAGGAAUGGAAUGGGAUUCAUGGUCAAGGGUGUAGGGUGCCCAGCGAAAAUCACAGAAAGGGAUGCUCGUUUGAAAUGGCACGGAGGCCAAGGACGGUAUCCUGGUGGAGGCGUUCAGAGCUGUUGGAAUUUCUCCAUCCAGGUCAAAAGAAUGUCCACUUCUCCAAAGGCUUUGGUCACAGCAGCUUCUCUGUCCAACUAAAGGGAAAAGAUAGUUGAAGAUCUGUCACGUUAGCCACAAGAAUAGGUUUCCAUCCAACCCCUGAACCCUGCCUGACUCCAAAUCGUGGGCUGCAUCCCCUAUGGGAUGGCCUCUGAUGACGUCACCUACCCAUCAAUUGUUCCCUGUCUAUGCGUGUUGUCUGCUUCGUUUGAAGUGUCGGGGGAUGAUGACAAAUGGGCCAGUGAGUAGCAGCAGAUAAGGAACAUGGGAAAAGUAUCUGGAGUCCCUGACAACAGGAAUAACCAAACCCCAGCAUCGGGUGGAUCUGGUCUACCUCCUGAAUCCACCAUGCAGAUGAGGAAACUGAGGCCCAGGUGGCCCCCUUCCCUUAUAUGUCACUGCUCUUCACAAUUUGUUUAUAAGCUGGUAAUCAAAAAACCGAUCAAAACUGUGUAUGUUUUGGGGGGAUCUGAGGAUGAGAUUUGAAUUUUUUUGUUGUCUCAAUUUGGGAAAAGGCAAUAUAAUUCCCAUAAUUCUUUUUCACAAA